ACUACCUGCGCAUGCGGUGUUCACAUUUUCAUACAUUAUCGAAAGUACAUGAUAUUGCUACAUUACAUAGGCUACCAUUUAAACUAAAGCACUCUUUUUGAUCUUCGUUGUACUUGAUUUAUUCUGAAUUUCAUCAAAUUACAUCGACCCGUGAUCCUACAAUGGCAGAGAAUGUUGAAGCAAAAGAGCCCGUAGAACAACCAGAGGUUGCUGUACAGCAACCAGAGCCUGUCGUACAGUUACCCGCAUCAGUAAUGCCUAAACUGGAAGAAGACGAAGACGUUUUAUUUAAAAUGAGGGCCAAGCUUUUCCGGUGGGCAAAAGAAGCUGAUCCACCUGAAUGGAAAGAAAGAGGAACUGGAGAUAUAAAGAUUCUAAAGCACAAAGAAACAGCGAGAAUUCGUUUACUAAUGAGACGAGACAAGACAUUCAAAAUCUGCGCUAAUCACUAUAUAACCUUAAGCAUGAAGCUUGUGUCGCAUUGUGAGAGUGAGCGAGCAUGGAUGUGGAUGGCUACCGCAGAUUUUGCCGAUGAAGAAGCAAAAGAAGAAUUAUUUGCAAUAAGAUUUUUGAAUGCUGAAAAUGCAAAUAAGUUUAAGGACAAGUUCUGUGAAUGUCAAGAAAUGCUUAAAGCGGCAGGCAUGCAAGUUUGGUUAAAUCUCGCAAAAAUGAUGUCUCCAGAUGAAGUAUCAAGUACAGAGGUUUCUGAGGAUGAAAAAGAAGCAGGGGAAGAAGAGGAGACUAAAGAGAGCAAGGAGCUCACUGAGAAGUUGGAUGAUCUUAGUGUAAAAGAUGACAAGAACAAAGAGGUCACCAAAUCAAAAGAGGCAGGAGAAAAAUUUGUGGAAAAAAUUAGUCAAAAGGAUUCAACAGUUGAAGACUCACCUGAAAAAUAAAUCUAAAAGCAAGAACAGGAAAUACUUUGAUGCUGCCAAUGCCAUGUGAUUUUAUUUCUCCACUUAUGUCUUUUGUUUUUGAUUAACCUUUUCGGUAUUUUUAUGUUUUACUUUAUGAAGUUGAAAUUAAACAAAAUCCAACACAAGGCACAUACACCAUGAAAACUUAAACGUCCCACCAUUACAUUCUACCUUAGAUGCCAAAUACCUUUUAAUGUCAAGUUAGGCAUAUUUAGAAAUACACUUAACCAUGCCUAAUUGGUUGGUAUGUGGACUAAUUAUCACACAAUACUGCGGAAAUUCCAGGGCGGUAUGCUCACUCUGUCACCCCAUCUUGGCACAUGCAUAUUACCUCAUAGUUUACAUCCAAAAGCGCAGAAAUUUUUUUUUGAAAAGCCAUAAGAAUUUCAUUUGCUUGAGCUCGUGUCACCACCUAUGGCUAACUGUCUAGGCCUGUGUUUGUCUAAUUAAUUAUUUUUUUGUAGAAAAAAAAUCUGACAAUUGCUUAAAUUUGGUAUCAGCAACAAUGUUUAUAAAGUGCACAACUUCCACAUUUAAAAAUCGACUGUUAAGAAUA